AAAUCACUGUGGCGUCUUUGUCGAGCGGAUAUUGUUUAUGAUCACUCGACAUUUUCCUUUGCAAAAUAAUUUUGUGGUCGAAAUUACUUUGAUUAUAAUGUUUUCAUUUAUAUCCUGAUACAUGAUAGUGAAUAAUCACCCAACUAUGACUAUAUGUUAAAAAAAACUAAGUGAAAGUUUUUACAAAUGUUUAGUGCAAGGGACGCUUGCGAAUUCUCCCUCGACCAAUAUAGCGGGAAAUCUCUGUGUCGUGACGCGCACUAACAUUAAGAAUAUCCCUGUGGAGACUGAAUAUAUUCAACAGCUUGUUAUGUGGUCAUUUACACUUUGACAGUGGUUCCGUGUCUUGUAAAGUAGCGAUUGACAAUGUCUGACGAAAUGGCGGUUAGUGAUAACCCGAGUGGGGAAGAAGCCGUCGUUAAUGGACCUGAAGCGUUGGCAGCGAGUGCCGAGGUCGCGGCGCCGGAGGCCCACGAUGCUCCCAGUGCGCCCGCGGACCCGGAGCCUGAAGAAACCAAGCCAAUUAAACUAGAACCUGAAUGGAAAUCAGAAAAUGCUCCAGAGCCCGCAGAAGACACAGAUGACAAACGGGGUGUCAAACGCAGGGCGUCAGCGGCUUUCAGCAAUGCUGCUGGUGAAAUCUUCAAGCCCUUUAAGGGCUUUGCGAAGAUGGAGCUGGAUGACUCUAUUGUGGAUUACAAGAAAGUUCUAGACAACCUGGAGGCAGAGGUGGUAGAGACCAGCAAAACCGUGGUGCCUCUCCGGACCGUGAUGGGGACACCCACAGCUCCGGCCAGGGCCAGUAAGCGAGCGAGGCAGGAUACAGAUGGAUCGAGACCCUCAUCAGCCCUGUCGUCUAGGUCUGAAGACGGAGUAUCUUCCACUGAGGUAUCCUCCCCGUUGGUCCGGGGCCGCCGCGCCACCACCGAGAUGUCGUCGCCACUGCUCCGGGUGCCGCUCGAGAAGGGCUGGAAGCGGGAGCUGGUGUACCGAGCCGCGUUGGAUCAGCACUCGCGGCGCAACGCAGACAUAUACUACUACACGCCAAGCAACAAGAAGCUGCGCUCCACUAGAGAGGUGGCGGAACACCUCUCUGGGACCGGACUGACUUUAGACAACUUUUCAUUCUUCAAGGAACCACUGGGUGUAGAUGACCCAGAAAAAGAAAUCAUUCGUGACGCGAAGCUGAUGCGGAAGGUGGAGUCCCCCGUGGCUCAGACGGCGCCCCCCUUGGCGGAGGGCAAGCGCACGCCGAAGCCCAAGCCGCCCAAGGGCGCCAGCCCCGACCCGGUCACUCCAAAGUCCAAGUCUCCGCUGGCCAAAAUCAAGGUGAAGUCAAUGCAGCCGCGCCUAAACCGCACGCCCGCCGCGCCGUCCGCCAAGAAACCCGCCGCCUCACCCGCCUCCGCCACCGCCACCGACAACAACAACACGCAGGCCAUCAAGAAGAACAGAACGGCGCCGCCGGUCCCUGCCGUCCCGGUCGCGCCCGUCCCGGUGCCGGUCGCUGUGCCGGUGCCGGUGCCGGUCAUGCCGGUGCCGGUGCCCGUGCCGGUCAUGCCGGUGCCGGUGCCCGUGCCCGUGCCCGUGCCGGUGGCCCCGGCGCCGCCGCCGCUGCAGAGCCGGCCGCCGGUGUCGCCGGUUGACGCGAAGAUUGAGCAGCAUGACUUGUCCUCACCCCGACAGUUGGUGCAGCCAUGCUCCAUGACAUGCGGUCGCGGAGUGCCCACGCUGGCCUGCGGGCUGUGUCUGUGUCUCUACCACCCCGCCUGCGCCGGUCUCACGGCGCCACGACCCGAGGGGACCUUCUUUUGCAAGAACUGCCGAAAGUCCAGUUCGCCGUCAUCAUCCCCGCCGCCGCUGACCCACAAGUCCGGGCUGACGUCCCUGGUGGCGCCGUGCGCGCGCCGGCCCGCCCCCGCGCCCCGGCCCCGCCCCCGCCCCCGCCCCUCCACCGCCGCCCCCUCCACCGCCGCCGCCGCACAGCCGGCAGACAAACGAGUCACGCUCAGAAUGAAGAUGGCAGGCGGGCCCGGCGGCGCUCGCGUGUGGGCGGUGUCACCUGCGCGUGGCUCGCUGCCGCAGUCGCUAGCCGUGCUCAACGGACGCCGCUUCAUCGUCGUGCCGAGGGCUAUAGUGCAGCCUGCUCCGUGCGUACACACACACAACAGUGACUCGAAACCAGUUCGAGGCCGAGUGGCGAAUGGUGCCGCGCCGUCACCCACCACCGACUCGCCGCGGCGAAGAGGGAGACCCAGGCUAGACGAGAACACCGACCACUUCACUGCCUUCUGCCAGAAGGCGAAGGAACACAACUAUAAUGUGGCUAAACAGAUAUUCCAAUACCUGGGCAUGCGUGACCUGGCGCAUUGUGCGCGCGUGUGCCGACUAUGGCGGGAGCUGGCUGCCACGCCACAGCUCUGGCGGCACGUUAGGAUGAAAAAUUCACACGUGAGUGACUGGGGAGGUCUAUUCGCGGCUCUACGGCGGCACGGCACGAAAAGGCUGGACUUGCGCAAGAUGCUGUUACCGCAGAACGACGCCGUGUUUUGGGAACAGUUCGGAGAGCAUGUCAAACAGUUGGACGCGUUAGAGAGGAUAGAGAUGUGCCGCUGCCCGGCCAGCGCGGUGGAGGCGGUGUGCCGCGGCGCGUCGCACCUGCGCGCGCUGUCCGCGCUCGCCAUCCGCUCCGCGCUGUUCGACCCCGCGCCGCUCGGCGCCUUGUCGCAGCUGAGGGAGCUGCGGCUCAAGAGCAUGGCGGGCUUGUCGCUCACGAGGGAUUUACAACCGUUGGCGGCGCUGACGAGGCUCACGCAUCUUUCGCUCACCUCCAUCAAGGAACUAGGUUGGUGCGCGUGCGACGUAGUAGGACAACUCCCGCAACUCGAGUCGCUCGAGCUCGGCGAGUGCAGUUUUCGCGCCGAGUUCGCGCUCGUGCUGGGCAAGCUGACGCGCCUAAAGCGGCUGCGUCUAGAACGGGGCACCGCUCAAUGUGCGGCCCCGGCUUUACUGCGAGCGGUGGCGCUACUGCCUAAUCUUACUAGCUUGGAACUAGUCAAUUUCGACGUCAAGGUCGGUUUUGACGACGCGCUGGCCGAAUGCAAAAACAUACAGAGGCUGCUUAUCAUACCCACGUACGUCUCGCAGUCCGCCACCACUAAUAAACAGGUGCUAAGCGGCGUGCUGAGUCUCAAAGACACGCUAACCCAUCUAAUGUGGGGCGUCACCAUCGAGCUGCUCCGCGUGACGGAGCUGUUCAUCGACCAGUGCGAGCAGGGCGCCGAGCGUCGCCGCGACGUCGGCGAGUGCAUCCCCGUGCUCAAGCCCGUCCCCGGCUGCAGGCUGCCCCCCGACAACGCCAAGCAGGAGCCCCGCACACCCCCGCAGGUGGAGAUCCUCCCGCUGCCGACGCUGCAGCGGCUGCUGUCGGCGCAGCUGCCCAACACCAAGCUGAAGCUGCUCCGCAUACCGUUCCACGCCACGUGGCGCCAGUCGCUCGCGGACUUCCAGUAGCCGACGUGCCCGGUGCCCGCGUACUACGUCUGAUGCUACAUUCACACGCUGCGCAAGUCUCGACAAGCAUCCGCAAAGGAGGGUGCUUUGGAUUGCAAGAGCUUGUAGCCGCUCCAUGCCAGUGGCAUAAUGUAGCAUAAGGUAUCAGUGUACCAGAUUACUGUAAUCGACAAAAUCUACACCUAUAUAUUUCAUAUUUUCAGAGGAAUUGGGUGUUGUUGGUUCCACACUCGCUUGCUAAGCUGGCACAGAGUUAGCUACAUAUACGGAAUACGUCACUAAAAGGCAGAGGGAAUAUAUUUCCCAUCUGAUUUUGAACUUUACUUCAAAGUGAUAGGGUUCAUUUUUGAAUAAUUUCUGCCUUAUAGAGGGUUAAUAAAAUUCUCUAAGAUGAAUCUGUAAAUCGAUACUAAGAUACGUUACAGUAAGGUCAUGUUUUCAACUCAUUGAACUGGGUUUUUCAAGAGUAUGGUGCAAAUUUUUAAAAGCGCCAAAACAAAAUACGAAACCAAUGAAUGGAAGAGUUUAAAUUGUAUGUCUAAAUCUAAGGAAACCCUGCAUCCGUUUCUUACCUUAUUCGUAGAGUAAAAACACUUAAUUUUAAAGGUCGGCAACGCAUUAGUGACACUCUUCAUUUGCAUUAUAAAUGAGGUGUCUUUUCAAAAGGGCUUAUUUUUGUAUGAUGUUCAUAGAGAAAUAAGCCCUUUUGAAAAAACUCUCCUCAAAUAUUAUAACCUUCAAAUGAAAGUGUCACAUAAUUUUUAAGAAAUCUUUUGUUUCUACCAUUGACAUUGAAAAUCCCAUUGUAUACAUAUAUGUUUUGACAUUUUAUUAUAUUUCUUGACGCAUAUAUUUAGUUCGAAUGCCUACAUAAUAGCACAUUAUGCACAAAUGCUCUAAUGUGCGAGACAGACAUACAACACGGAGAUUUAACAAAAAACAUAUCUGUACUGUAAACGAUAGGGUAAACUCUACUAAUCUUGCCCCCAUUCAAUUAUUAAACCUUUGUUAAAGUAGCUGUGGUAAUUGUCCUACUAAUAUAUAGGCCCUUGACUAGAUUUUAAUCUACCAAUUAUUGGAUAGUUUACCCUAAAAAUCUACAAGUGGAUUUCUAUUUCACAUGCCAAAAUGUAGCAAUACAAAAGAUCUUUUGAGGCUAAUAAGUACUUUUAAAAUCGAUCCAAUAUACACUUCCUUUGCCUAUACUAUAACACUGUUACAACUGUUUUAGGCAUUUUCCUAUAUAAACCAAUAUCUAGAUUCAAUUGAUAGUUGAAUGUAUUCAAGAGGAUUUAUUAGCAUAUUUAAAUAAUAACUUCGCCGUAAAGUAAAUAAUUCAGGAAAUUUACCCACUUAGAUAGCUUGACUUCCAAAAACCUGACUAGGUUCAGUAUUUAUUAAAUUUGAAAUUGAUCAAUCAAUUUGCGUCAAUUUUAUCGUCAAAAUUUUACUACUAUAUUUGGAUGUAACUUCUAUAACGUGGUUUAAGACGAUAUACUUAGUAUGAACAGAACGCCCUCUAAAAAUAAGGGUUUCUUAAGAAGAAAUAGUUAUAAUUUCAAUCAAAAACGGUUGAUCGAUACAUUUUAAUGGAAUAAUGUUUGUUAGCGUUUAAUGGUCUGUUCUUAUAAGGAAUGUAAAUAUAACGGUAGGUAUUAGAAAACGUUCAGUGCCUACAGAGUGUUCUUGGCCAAUCAAAGACGGAUAGUGUAUCAAUAUGUUGUGUUUAAUAUUAAUUUCAAACAUAUAAUUAUAAUAUAGGCCUUGAUGAUAUAUAAAUAGUUGUUAGGGAUAAUUUGGAAAGAUUAUGUUAUAACAUAUUUUAUUAUAUAGUAUAUCAUGUAUGGAAAGUACAAGAUGCGGUGAUCGGAAGUCACAUAUUUUUGUAAACAUGCAACGGAUUAAAGAUGAUCUCAGUUGCCACGCGUAUUUGUAUGCACUUAUUUACUGUAAUAGCCUCCUAAGGCUGAAGGUCCUACCCAUAGGACUUAAUAAGUUCGAUGAAAUUUAAAUUAUUGGCAAUCGGAAAGUUGCAUUUGUUUUAUUUCUUUCGAUUUUCGAACAAAACAAAAUCAACUUUAUUUCUUACACUAUUAUGGGUUCAAAUUUCACUGGCAAAUAUUAAUUUUUUGUUGUAUUGCUGGGCCUUAGGAGGUUAUGCUUCAUUUACACGCUUGGCCAGUCUCGACAAGCAUCCACAGUGUGUGAACGGGUGUGUUGGGCUGAUCUUGCAAGAGCUUGUCGCCGAUCCGGGCUAGAGUCUGUUUUUGAACGCAGCUCGCAGUUCAAAAGGGAAUUACUACAUAAGUGCGACCACGAGUGUGCGAUGCACGAUUGUGCGACAUAUUUUUAGGGUUCCGUACCCAAAGGGUAAAAACGGGACCCUAUUACUAAGACUCCGCUGUCCGUCUGUCCGUCCGUCUGUCACCAGGCUGUAUCUCAUGAACCGUGAUAGCUAGACAGUUGAAAUUUUCACAGAUGAUGUAUUUCUGUUGCCGCUAUAACAACAAAUACUAAAAACAGAAUAAUAUAAAUAUUUAAAUGGAGCUCCCAUACAACAAACGUGAUUUUUUUGCUGUUUUUUUUCCGUAAUGGUACGGAACCCUUCGUGCGCGAGUCCGACUCGCACUUGGCCGGUUUUUUAAUUUUCUUUUAACGACACUUCAAUUCUGCGAUAUGUCAUUUGUGCGAAAAAUUAUUAUGCGAUGCACGACUAUACGAUUUGUCGUUUGUGCGAAAUAUUUGCGUUUUAACCGUAGUCCCAUUUUCCAAAAACUUUUUUUAUAACAACUAGGCGGAGCCCCGCGAACCUAUUUCUGGGCGGUUUGCCCUUCGGGCAUCUGAAGCUACCUUACGAACCUAACCUACCUACCUACCUACCUACGCUUUUUUGCUUUAGAAGUAUUGUCGAGCCGUAUAUGUCGCACAAUUUAACUUUGUUCAAAUAUACUGCCGGACUAUAGUUUCGUCCAAUAGUGAUAUGUCGCUCACUUCGCAGAAUUGCAGUGUCGUUAAAAGAAAUAUGUCGCACAAUCGUGCAUCGCACACCCGUGGUCGCACUUAUGUUACAGACCCGAUCAAAAGAAUACAAUACAACCUGUCUGGAAUACAAUAAUGCACUUGACUUAUAUUGACCGGGAUAUAGACCGUGAUUACCUUUUGUAUUAUUUGUGAGCUCCCGAUAUUUCGACGCAGUUACAUGCAUCAUGUUCACGGGUGACUGAAAAGGUGAUAAUACAAAAGGUAAUCACGGUCUAUAUCCCGGUCAAUAUAAGUCUAGUGAAACUAACCGUGAAUCAUUCAAAACUCUAAGAACUGCUUGCACUUGCAAGCGUCUGUACGUGUACAGGUUUGGAGCUCAUAGACCACCAAGUCUCGUCAAGUGUGUAAGUGUAGCAUUAAAUAGUGGAAUAGGUAUUUGAAUUUGCACGCUCAAAAUUAAAAUAAACCUAUUCCGGUCUUUGUCUAUUAGUAAACAAAAUCAUCUGACAUAUGUAUAAAUUAUGAUUCACAUUAUUAACAGUGGGCUUUGUCGUUUAGCUUGAUUUUCCGAAAGAAUGUAAAUUAUGAUCAUCUGACAUUGUCUCAAAAUGAAACAUUUAGUUCUGUUGACGAUCCGCCACUGAUAAUUGUGAUGAUACAUAUCAAAAUUGUUCAAGUCCAUCCAAAGUGGCAACAGGAUUUAUAUAUGACAAAAUGAAAUAAAUGUCAGAAAUACAGUCAAGUGUAAAAAUAUGUUUAAAUUCGAAUAUGGGUGUAGACAACUUACUCAAAAAUAUGUCCCAUAGUUCUUAUGUCGCAGACGUAAGAGCUAUGAGACAUAUUUUUAAGAUGAUUUGUGCACCCAUAUUUUUACACUUUACUAUACCUACCACAUUAUAAGUAAUUGAGUAAUUUUGGUAUGUAUUGGAACAAUUAGUAAAAUUUGUGUCUCGAUAUUUAUACCUUGUAUUGUUUUCAAGUGGAAUCGUAAAACAGCGCUUGUAUCGAUUGGAUUAUAAUAUAAUACGUGGCAUGAGCACACAAUUCAAUAAUAUGCCUGUAACUUGCAUUCCCUUGAACAUAAAAUACAAACUAAAAAUUAUAAAUUGAAUAUGCGUGACACGAUCGGUUAUGUUUAUGUUAAUUUCAAAUGUAGACCAAUAAAUAUAGAAUAAAUAUGUUUUUCGACUUCGCCAUGACCCAAAAAGCAUAGCUUUUCAAAUUGUAAUUUUAGGCUGUAAAGUCUAUUUGUUUAUUUUAUAAUCUCUUUUGGUGGCUCGUAUGAAGUUGUACUGUCUCGACCUCGUGUCGUUGUAGCAAUUAACUUAAAACGCCGAUUUGUACUAAAACGACCAAAUUUGUGCAACCGGUUCAUAUUAUAAAUCCAAAGCUUGGAGAGAUCUUUCACUAGCGUCUUUUGAGCGUCGCCGUCUAGUCAGCGCUAUGGAAAAUGGCGUCACUGCGCAGUUGCGCCGACAUUGCGUCGAGCAGCAGCCAUAGAGUUGACUUGACGCUGACGCUCGGGAGACGCUAGUGGGGGGGGGGUGUCUCAGGUGUUAUAUUCAGUCAUAGCUUUGGCGUUGUCAGUGUUGAAUAAGAUACGAGGUCGAGACGUCGGUUGACAGAUCGCUGGGUAUGUGUAAAUCGUGGGCCCGCAGUGGCGGCGUCCUUGUUUGUAGGUUAUCGUAGUGUAAAGACGACUUUGCGUAAGCAUGGGCGACUGGUAAAUAAAUGGUUGCCGUGAAAUAA